CCGCCCCGCCUGGUCGCCACGUCGAGGCAGCGAGCGGCGGCCGCGCUGGACCAGGCGGCAGCCCCCGGGCGCUGAGCACCAUGGCCGGGAAAGGCGGCUCGGACCUUCCCUUCCCCCCGCCCGCCGAGCAGGAGCCUGCGGGACCCCUCGGCACGAAGAUCUCCAUCCCAGCCCUGCUGCCCCAGGGCCCCGCCAAGAAGUGGCUGGAGGAGCGUCGGGCCGCCCUGCGCCCGUGGGGCAGCUUUGCUGACCAGCGCCGGUUCGGGAAGCCCCGGAACUUCGGGGAGCUGUGCCAGCGCCUGGCGCGCAACGUGGAGUAUUUCCAGAGCAACUACGUCUGCGUCUUCCUGGGGCUCAUCCUCUACUGCCUGAUCACCUCCCCCCUGCUCCUAGUGGCACUGGCCGUCUUCUUUGGGGCCUGUUACCUCAUCUACCUGCGAACCCAGCAGUCCCGGCUCGUGCUGUUCGGCCGGGAGCUCGGCACGGCUCACCAGUAUGGACUGGCCGGGGGCGUCUCCUUCCCCUUCUUCUGGCUGGCAGGGGCCGGAUCCGCCGUCUUCUGGGUGCUGGGUGCCACCCUGGUGGUGAUCGGCUCCCACGCUGCCUUCCAUGAGCUGGAGUCGGGGGAGGCUGAUGAGCUGCAGAUGGAGCCCGUGUGAUGGGGGUGCAGGGACCCCCCGGCAGCACCCCCUAGGGGGCAGGGACCCCCCACAAGCCCACCCUUCUGGCUGCACCCCCUGGGGUUCUGGGGCCUCCUCCCAGCCCCCCUUCUGGCAGGACCCCCUGGGGGGGCAGGGAUCCCCCAGAUCAUGGUCACUCUUUGCUGCCAUUUCUACCAGCCUCUCAGACACCUUCUCCCGGCUCCCUCCACCUUCUCGACUUCCCACCUGAUGCCCCCAGCCCCCCAAUCACCCCCAUGUCCCCCAUUGCAGGGGUCCUGCUCCGGACCAGGGUUCUCCAUUUCCUCUCACUGUUGAGUUGACCCUGGGCUUCCCACGCUGGCCGGGCUGGGGUCCCCCCAUGCCCCCCCAGGAGUGACGCUGUAUCUGUGUCUUUCCCCAUUAAAGGCCGUGUUCAGGAGUGGA